AUGGAGCUGAUUUUUACGCUUAAAGAUCCAAGACUUGAAUAUCAUCUGAGCUUGUUGAAAUUUGACAGCCCCAAUGAGCAGAAAGAGCAAGCCUUUCUUGCCCCCAUUUUCACAGGUUCUGUUUUGGAACAGCCUAAACUAGCUCCACCGCAGUAUGGUCUGCUGGGAGGGGUUAAAAGUAUUGAGACGUCCAGUCAUGCAAACACGGAGAAUGAGAUGAUUAAAAAAGACCCGAGGCUGUUUUUCAACGUUUCCUCGCCAUCUAGCAUUUUCAUUUGCGGCUCUCAAGGCUCUGGAAAAAGUCAUACACUCUCUUGCGUACUGGAAGGGUGCUUGAUAUCUUCUAAAGCCGGCAGACUUGCAAACCCGCUGUCUGCUGUUGCUUUUCACUACGAUAAUUUCAAUUCCGACAACUGUGGCUCACCCUGUGAGGCCGCAUUUCUCGCAUCCCACUCGAAGAUCAAAUUAAGGGUGCUUUGUGCUCCCACAAACUUUCUCACCAUGAAGAAAACCUAUUCGAGAUUCGACAUCAAGGUUGAGCCUUUGCAGAUAGACCAAGCGAAUUUGAGCACUCAGCGUAUGCUGGAUCUUAUGGCAGUUGGUCAAGACUCUGGGCCCGUGCCUUUAUACAUGCAUACAGUCAAACGAAUUUUGCGGGAAAUGCGCCUUUUACAACAAAAGGCAGGAUCCCAAUUUGAGUACAAGGAUUUCAAGAAAAGAAUCCUCACUUCUGGCCUCCUUCCGGGUCAGCUCGAGCCUUUGAAGCAGCGACUAGAUACGCUUGAGAGUUUCAUGCCCCCGCAGCAGGCAGCUGUCCAUAAGAAAGGGAAGGUAAAGCAGGCGAACCCUCUAGGAUUAGGGUCUGACUGGACACCGAAGGCCUCACAAUUGACAAUUGUUGACCUCUCUUGUCCUUGUAUCUCCCACGAUGUCGCUUGCUCGCUCUUUAAUGUUUGCUUUAGUAUUUUUAUGGAGCAGGAUACCAAAAUCGGUAGAAUACUGGCCCUUGACGAGGCUCACAAGUACAUGAAAGACUCGGUCGAAGCUCGAAGCUUUACAGACACCAUUCUCUCCACUGUUCGCUUACAGCGCCACCUGGGGGCCCGUAUCUUGAUUUCUACCCAAGAGCCAACGAUUUCGACCGACCUUCUCAGCUUAUGCUCCAUCACUAUUGUCCAUAGGUUUUCGUCCCCUGCGUGGAUACGCGCACUACAGGGCCAUGUGGCCGGAGCCGCUUUGGAUGCCAAGUCACAUCGAGAAUUGUCGGCCUACAACGAUGGCCACCCGGAAAACACUGAGUUUGCUGCAAAGUUUUCUUUGUUUCAUAGAAUUGUUCAUCUCAAAGUGGGCGAGGCUUUACUCUUUUCGCCGAGUGCCGUUUCUUGCACUGCUUCAGGAGGCUCGCAGGAGCUUAAGAAUCUGGGUUCGGGGUAUAUGGUAAUCAAGAUUAGAGACCGACUGACAAAAGAUGGUGGCAAAAGCGUUUUGUCUUCUUGA